UGCGUGCUGCAGGGCUUGCUGUCAGAGAUCCUUCGUAAGGAGGAGGAUCCUCGCUCUGCGUCUCAGUCGCUGCUCGUCAACCUGAAGGCCAUGCAGAACUUCCUCAACCUGCCCGAGGGCGAGCGUGACCGCAUCUAUCAGGAGGAGAGAGAGAGGAGCACCAACACCAACCACAACCUCUCCACCAACCACAUCUCCAAUACCAACCCACACAGACUCACACAGUCAAAGGGCAGCGUGUCCAGCGCAGAGCUGCCGCUGAAGCUCGACUCGCUGGUGAACAUCACGUCAGGAAUCUAUGACGAGAUCCAGCAGGAGAUGAAGAGGGCGAAGGUCUCCCAGGCUCUGUUCGCCAAGGUGGCCGCCAAUAAAAGUCAGGGUUGGCUCUGCGAGCUGCUCCGGUGGAAAGAGAGCCCAAGCCCCGAUAACCGCACACUGUGGGAGAACUUGUGCACCAUCAGGAGGUUCCUGGCGUUAUCGUCGACCGACCGGGACCAUGUCUAUGAAGAGGAGUCGAGGCAGCAGCACAGCGAGAGGCUCCACACCGUCCUCCACAUCCCGGACCAGCAGGCACUCCACAGACAGCCCCUGCCACCCCUUACAUCCCUGUCUCCAGUUCGUGAAGACCCACAGCCCGUCCCGCUGCCGGUGUUGCACAGCUCAGAAGACGGGCCCCAGCGUGGGAUGAGCCCUGGCCUCGGAGGACCAAAGAAAGCCCGAUCACGAACACGUAUUUCCCUGGAGGCCCUGGGAAUCCUGCAGAGCUUCAUUGGCGACGUGGGCCUCUACCCCGACCAGGAGGCCAUCCACACCCUGUCAGCUCAGCUGGACCUACCCAAACACACCAUCGUCAAGUUCUUUCAGAACCAGCGCUACAACGUCAAGCACCAUAACCAGGCCCGAGAGUCCGUCCCCGAGGAUGACGACAGGGAGAGCUUGAGUCUCAGCGAGGGAGGCGUCGGUGCGGCGGAGAGCCGAGGGGAGGAGGGCUUCUCUGCGUCUGAGGAGUCCAGUGAGGAUGGGAGAGGAUCGGUGGAGGUGUUCAGAACAGAGGGAGGAGACAAAGGAGAGGAGAGAGAGGUGGGGAUGGAGAAGGAAGAAGGGGAUGAUGGGAAAGCCUCGGGUGUGGCGACUUCCUCCCUGUCCCCUUACAGCAGCCUGGACAGCCCCCACUCUGCAGAGCAGCAGAGAUAACAGCAGAGAGACGAGCAGAGACACAACUGUGAAGACCACACACACAUUCAUCACCUUCAGAGCUGGUGAUCAGAGCUCGAUAAUAUCUGAAGAACUGUGGGAACUGGAAACUGAUCAGAAGGUACAAACACUACCUUCAGAUACCAUCAGUGAUUUUGCUCUGAUGGUAUUUUUGGAUCAUUUUAAAAGCCAUAUUUCCGCCUAAGUUUUCAGUUUUUCCAGUGAGGAUGGAAAAAGCAUUAGCUCAUCACUCGAUUUUUCCAGAUUACACAUGGUGACAGUGAAAUCUCAAAUGCUCUCUGUACUUUGUACACUACUCCUGAAGCCCAGCAAAACUAAAUGCACAGCUUCCUUAUCCAUUAUCAUAAGGAAGCCGUGUAUUUAGCUAUAAAGGACUUAGAGUUACAGUAAAUACUGAUUUCACAGAAAGAAAGAAGCUGAUUAUGCUGCAGGAGAGGUUUCCACCCUACAAAUCUUCUGACACCUUUGAAGACGACAAAGUUACGUUUAUUUCUUUAUUAUUCGAACAGGUUCUUCACUGUGGGUUUAAAGUGGAAGCACAUCGAGGGUUAAUGUCUACAGGAAAAUCCUCUCAAAACCAGUCACAUAUUAGAAAUAAUUAUAGAUCUAGACAGAGAACCUGUCUACGAAUCUAACAUUAAGUACGGUUGAGCCUUUAUUGUGACACUGAGCUGUAGCUUAUGUGAAGGUCUGUGAACUUUGGAAAAUGAAGGGAUGCUGGAAAAUAAAACUAGAACAUCCCCAAAAUGUUCUGUUCUACUUAUUUCUUUAGUAAUAUAUAAUUUAUCGUCAGUGUCCUUUCAGCUGCUCCUCCAUCAACUGAGCUGACUGGGGCACUUGAGCCUUUACUGACAAUAAAUCAGUCCCAUCCCAUCCUCACAUUCAUAUUUAUUACCAACUUUGUGUUAUUAAAGUCAAAGUAUUAUUGUUGCUUCCAUAGUUUUGCUAUGAUUCUGUUUGAUAUGACUGAAAAUGUCUUUGUAAAUGUGAUAGGAGAAGAAGUUUGAGCUCAGUGUUACACAGUUCAAGUUUAAAAGUUACGACCCUUUUGUUUACUAUUUGUAAAAGCGUUUUGUAGUGUACAAUAUAAUGUAAAUGUUGACAAUCCACCUGUCAUCACGUGUGGGAUGCAGCCUCUGUCACUGUUUUGGUUGUAUUUUGUGCCACAACGGAAGAGGGUAUGAAAAUGGAUGAUUCUGUUUCAGUUUGACAAUCACCUCUAUCCUGGACGAAGGGUCUCAUUUGUUCCACUUUGAUGGUUAACCAUUGUUUGUUUGA